AUGGAUCAUUUCUUUUUUAAAAGAAAGAGGAAUAAUGAAGCAAAAUAUGCAGAAGCAUGUUCAAGUUCUACUGCUGGAUCUGGAAGUAUGAAUAGUGACAAUAUUGAUAAAACUAUUGGCUCUAAUCUGCAAACAUCAACUUCAUUUGAGCCAUGUUUCAAAAAGAAAAAAGUAACUGCAAGGCGUUGUAAUGAAGAUUAUUUAAAAUAUGGUUUUAUCAAAUGUGAAAAACCCUUUGAAAAUGACAGACCUCAGUGUCUUAUUUGUAAUAAUAUUCUUGCAAAUGAAAGCUUAAAACCUGCAAAAUUAAAAAGGCGCUUAGAAACACAGCAUGCUGAACUUAUUGAUAAGCCUCUUGAAUAUUUUCAAAGAAAGAAAAUAGUUGUAAAGUCAUCAACACAAUUUCUUAGCUGCUCUACUACUGUUAGUGAGAAAACCUUAUUAUCAUCAUAUUUAGUUGCAUAUCGUGUGGCAAAAGAGAAGCUCACACAGCUGCUGAAAAAAAUUAUUCUUCCAGCAUGUUUGGAUACGGUGCGUACAAUUUUUGAUGAUAAAUCUGCUGAUAAAUUAAAAACGAUUCCUAGUAAUAACACAAUAUCUCUUCGAAUUUGUAUGAUUGCCGAACAUUUAGAGGCAAUGCUUAUUACUCAGUUACAGUCGGGAAUGGAUUUUGCAAUCCAGCUUGAUGAAAGCACAGAUACUGGAAGCUGCACAGCACUUUUAGUCUAUGUAAGAUAUGCGUGGCAAGGCGAUUUUAUGGAGGAUUUUUUGUGUUGUUUAAACUUAACCUCACACCUAAGUGGAUUAGAUAUUUUCACAGAAUUAGAAAAGUGCAUUUUUGGUCAGUAUAAAUUAAACUGGAAAAACUGCAAAGGAAUUACAAGUGACGGAACAGCAAACAUCACUGGAAAACAGAGCAGAGUAAUUAAAAAAUUGCUAGAAGUUACUAGUGGUGUGUGGAAUCAUUGUUUUAUACAUCAUGAAGUAUUAGCAUCCAGAGAGAUUCCACAGAAGCUCAUGGAAGUAUUGAAAAAGGCAGUGAAAGUUGUUAACUUUAUUAAAGGAAGCUCAUUAAACAGCCGACUUCUUGAAAUGUUUUGUUCAGAGAUUGGAGCUAAUUAUACCCACUUACUGUUUCACACCAAAGUUCGUUGGUUGUCUCAAGGGAAAAUACUGAGCAGGGUUUACGAACUCAGGAAUGAGAUACACGUUUUUCUUACUGAAAAGAAGUCUCAUUUGGCAACUAUUUUUGAGGAUGAUAUUUGGGUAACGAAACUGGCAUAUUUAACUGAUAUUUUUGGCAUCCUUAAUGAACUACGUUUAAAACUACAGGGGAAAAACAGUGACAUAUUCCAACAGGCCGAAUGUAUCCAAGGAUUCCAGAAGGCAUUACUGUUGUGGCAAGCGAAGCUUAAAAGCAAUCGUCCUAGCUACUACAUGUUUCCAAGGUUUUUGCAGCACAUUGAAGAGAAUGUUAUCAAUGAAAACAUUUUGGAAGAAAUAAAACUAGAGAUAUUGUUGCACCUCACUUCUCUCUGUCAAACCUUUAACCAUUUAUUCCCAGAAGAGAAAUUUGAAACAUUAAGACAGAAUUGUUGGGUAAAAGAUCCGUUUGCUUUUUGAAACCCAGAAUCAAUAAUUGAGUUAAACUUGGUGCCUGAAGAAGAAAAUGAAUUAUUGCAGCUCAGUUCUUCAUAUACAUCGAAGAAUGAUUAUGAAACACUAAGUGUAUCAGCAUUUUGGAUUAAGAUAAAGGAAGACUUUCCUUUGAUAAGUCAAAAGAGUAUCCUGCUAUUAUUACCAUUCACAGCAACUAGUUUGUGUGAAAUAGGAUUUUCGGUCUUAACCCAGUUAAAAGCAAAGGAAAGGACCGGAUUAAAUGGCGCAGCAGAUAUGCGAGUAGCAUUAUCCUCCUGUGUUCCAGACUGGAAUGAACUUAUGAAUGGGCAAGCACACCUACCACGUUAAAUAAAUCUUUUUUUUUUUUAAUUGGAGUAUAGUCACUUUACAAUGUUGUGUAAACAAAUCUUACCUGGUUUUUGUUUCUGCAGUUCUCAUUUUGUGAUUUUUUUAUCUGUUGUAUUUAAAUGUUAAUAUAGCAGUGUAUGUGAUAACUUUGUUUUUAUUUUUGUUAUAUUUUAAUACUAAUAAAAUCAGUGUAAUUUUAUGUU